UGCCCAACCCUCAAACAUCAUCGACUAUAAAUCCAAUGCUCAUCCUCUCAAAAAAAAAACUCGUCUUGCUCCAAGCCUGCAUCUUUUUUCAUCAAUAAUGGAGUUGAAAUCCCCCUUUGAUUGCAUUCUCUUUGAUCUUGAUGAUACUUUGUACUCUUCCAAUGUUGGCAUUGCCCAAGUUUGCAAGAAAAACAUAGAAAAAUUUCUAGCGAAAAAAUGUGGAGUUUCUCCUGAGAGAAGUGCAUCACUUCGAGUUGAACUCUUUCAAUUUUACGGAAGCUCUCUUUCCGGGCUCAUUGCACUCGGAUAUGACGUACACCCAGAUGAAUAUCACAGUUACGUCCAUUGGACUCUUCCAUACGAAUGGAUCAAACCCGAUCCCCAACUUAAUGAACUCUUAAAAAGCAUUCAACAACCGAAAAUAAUAUUCACCAAUUCAGACAUGAAGCAUGCAAAAAGAGUGUUGGAGAGGUUGGGAAUUGAUGAGCAAUGUUUCAAUGGAAUCAUUUGUUUUGAGACUCUAAAUCCACAUCUUUUUCAAGAUAACUCUUCUUCUUCUUCUUCUUCGGAACUAUCUCCGGAGGUGAUUCUCAAGCCUUCAAUGGCGUCCAUGGAGGCGGCUGUUCGCUUCACCGGUGGUGAUCCCCACCGCAUCUUGUUUUUAGAUGAUAGUGAGAGAAACAUCGCUGCAGGCAAAGCCUUAGGCCUUCAUACCUGUUUGGUUGGGAAGGGAGUGAAGAACAAGGAAGCUGAUUACUUGUUGGAAAACAUAAGCAACUUGAGAAAAGUUAUCCCAGGGAUUUGGGGAGAAGAAGAUGAGGAAGAACAUGAGAUGGUGAUAAGUAAUAAAUUGGGUUCCAUAAGACCAAUAGCACAAGUGGGAGCUUAAAUGUGAUAAAAAUAAAAUGUUGCCUUUUCCUUGGUGCGUUGCACAAUCAUAUGAUAGCACAGGUAGAGGCUUAAUAUGAUAAAAACAAAAUGUUGUCUUUUCCUUGGUGCGUUGCACAAUCAAAUGAUGUGUGAUGAAAAUAACUGAUAUGAUAUGCCAUGGUGUAAAAUGUAGUUCUUGUUCACUUGUCACAUCAAUAAAGAAGAGGGAUGUGUAUUAUUUA